AUGCGCCGAGCUGCCUCCAACCUCUCUUCCCUGGGUCGUAUACGCGAGCUGUGGUCGGGUCUUGAGCAAGCUUCACUGAUGCGCCGAUUAGCCACGCGUCUCGGGGAGGAGAGCCAGUUACGGGCCAUUGACGAUUUCCUAGACAAAAUGACCCGAAUCGCUGACUGGUCACGUGCCAGUUAUCCUACCACCACUAAGGUCCCACGUGAGUUAGACACUCCUCUUGGGAAUCAGUUUUCCCUCCUCUUCACUCGCCUAUGCACCUUUGCUACUGCGCACAUUGAUGGCAGCAAAUUGGUUGCGCUGUUCAGCAGUUUCGGCAACUGCGCCCUUAUUAACGCAAACAUGUUUGUUGCGGGGCUUGCCGCCGUUGCAGCAAUCGUGUAA